AUGUCUGGUCAUCGCUCAGGUCAACCACUCUUGCCGCAUUCAGGCGCAUUGUCAUCACCUCGACGCCCGCCAUAUGGUGGUGCUGCAGCAACAUCGAGCCAACGGACAGCGUCAACGUCACACUUGAGACAGGCUUCGCGCGGACAAUCAGAAUAUCCAUCCGGUGAUAUGGAUUCGGAGAGUAUGAUGGCCAGUGGGUACACCGGAAGUAGGAGGAGGUCCAUCACCAGCGGUGGAGCAAAUACCAACUGGGCGAAUGAUGCUAGUCGAUAUGGUGUGGGUCCUGACGACUAUGGCACAUUCUUCGUCCCAUCAUAUCUUCGACACUCACGAUACAUGGAGCGGCUGCGGAAAACCUGCAUUACCUCGGACGUUCACGAUCAAGAGCAAGGGAAUCGAAGCGUGGCAGGGCGACACAUACCACAUUCUACAAGUUCAAGCAGUGUGAACUUGAGCAAGACAUGUGGUACAUCCCACGUACACCGACGAGUUGUUCAAGAUGUUGUUGAACGGCUCCCUUCCCACUUGGCCAUCGACGAAAAUCUCGCUCCUCUUCCUAGCCGCUGGAACAACGCAGACAAGCAGCAGGGAUUGGCCAUCACAGCGGAUGGUACCGAAGUCAAGUUCGCCGGGGGAGCGAAAAGUCAAGAUGAGGCUGCCGCAGUCCGGGCGAACUUUCCCAUGCCAAAAGCAUGCGGCAUCUUUUAUUUCGAGAUAACUGUCCUGUCGCGAACGAAAGACUUAAGUUGUAUAGGCAUAGGCUUUUGCAGCCCCAAGGCGAGUCUCUCCCGGGCGCCGGGUUGGGAGGCGGAAUCUUGGGGCUAUCACGGAGACGAUGGAAUUGCUUGUGCGGCCACCUCACAGGGAAAGACAUUCGGUCCCAGGUUCAACAGGGAGGAUGUUAUCGGAUGUGGCGUAAACUUCCGGACGGGUGUUGCUUUCUUCACCAAGAAUGGUGUUCACUUAGGUAAGACCACAGAGUCCUUCCGAAAUCACUGCGAAAUUGACACAACGUGCGCCCCAGGAGAUGCAUUCCACGGCAUCAAAGCGAGCAACUUAUACCCCACGGUGGGUUUGAAAAAGGCCAACGAACACCUUCGAGUAAACUUCGGUCGUCAGCCGUUUGUUUUCGACAUCGAUAGCAUGAUGCUCGAAGACAAGCAGGCUGCAAUGAAUGAGAUUAGCAAAACCGACGUUUCGGCAUUGAAUCCUCCCGAUGAUGAGGACACACUGAUCAAGACCCUUGUAGGGCAAUACCUUGCUCAUGAUGGAUACAUAGAAACCGCGAAGGUCUUCUCUAAGGAGGUGAAUACCGCAGAUUAUCCAUUGAGCGGCAAGCAACCAUACCAGCUGAGCAACGAAGAAGACGACAUUCACGCAAUCCAACGACAGCGCAUACGGAGGAGCAUUCUUGAUGGUGAUGUUGAUCGGGCUCUCAAAUACACGACAUCAUACUACCCCCACGUGCUGGAGACGGGGCAGAAUAGAGACGUCUACUUUCGCCUCCGCUGUCGGAAAUUCAUCGAAAUGAUGAAACGAUCAAUGGACCAGGGGAUCAUGGAGUCGUCGCCAGUCACUGCGACGAAAAGAGGUGGCUCCUUUGGCAGUGACGGUCAUGAUGGUGGCAUGAGGGACGAUAGCGAAGAAGACGAUGAGGAUGAUGAAGAUAAGGAUCACGAUGUGGUGGAUGCAGAGGACGAUGAAGACGAUGAAGAAGAGGAUGAGGAGGAGGAAGAGGAGGGUGAUGAUGAAGACGGCGAAGACGACGAUGGAAAGGAAGAUGAGGACGACGAGGACGAAUCAGACACGCAGAUGGAGCUGGACGACCAAUUUCAACGCGAGACAUCUGAUCCUCUUAUCAAAGACGACGAUCAUAUGGAGAUAUCACAAGAACUGCCACCUCGAAACUCAAAGCUAAAAGGCGCCGAUUUACUCACGGCAUCAAUAUUAUAUGGACAGGAACUACGACAAGAAUUCGGCAACGACCCAAAGCCACAAAAUCAAAAACAUCUCAACGAUAUUUUCUCGGUCAUGGCCUACCACAGUUAUGCAGAAAGUCCAGUAUCACAUCUAUUCGAUGUCAGCGGCCGCGCGCAGAUCGCGGAGGAGGUCAAUGGCGCGAUACUGGUAUUGGAGACACUCUACGCGACCACCGAGGUGCUACUUGAUGAUACGGCGCGGAAGACUGGUGGCGCGGCGGCUUUAAUCAACUUACGGAGAGAUUUCUUGCAACCUUAA